UGCCCAUCAAUGCCAGCUGUCAGUGCUCAUCAAUGCAACCUGCCAGUGCCCAUCAGUGCCUCCUAUCAAUGCCAGUCAGUGCCACCUAUCAGUGCCGCCAAUCAAUGCCACCUAUCAGUGCCAGUCAGUCCCACCUAUCAGUGCGCAUUAGUGCCCGUCAGUGCCACCUAUCAGUGCCCGUCAGUGCCACCUAUCAGUGCCAUACAUGAGUGCUGCCUUUCAGUGCCCAUCAGUGAUGCCUAUCAAUGCCCAUCUGUG